AUGGUUCUUGCAGAAAACAAAGACGGCCUCGUCUUCUACGAACGGAACGGCGAGACGAGGAACUUCUUCCAAGUGAAAUGGAGCGAGACGACGGAGACUUCGACCAGACACAUCCAAGGCUUGGCCUGGAACUGCGACGGCUCUCUUCUCGCCAUGCAAGUGAAAAAUGACGAAGCGACUUUCUGUUAGAAUAUCCUUCAUUCCGAGAGAAUCAGGAAGAGAUUUCAGUGGAGGUUUGGUGGAUGUCGAACUACGAAUUGACGAAGAAAUGGUCUUGGAUGGUCCCUUCAGACGAAGGCCGCGUCCUGUGGAGCUGGCACGAUUCCAAUGUUAGUUUGAAGAACGGAGGUGUUCGAUCAGUGGUUUUUGAUAAGAGGGUAGGAAAAGAUACUCGAAGAAAAUGGAUGAACCUCAGAAUUCUCGAAAAUCCUAAAAGUCGACCAUAAUAAUCUUCGAUUCGAUGAAUUGAAGAUCCUCAAGUACAAACUGUAAGAUUUUUCGUUUUAAAGAAAAAAAGUCUCGAAGCUUCAUUUUAAGGUCUAUGAGUCUAGUGAUAUUAAAAAAGGAGGGGUUCCGUAUUUUGGAAUCGCAUCAAUCUAUCAGGAAGUGUUUUCUGUAUAAAAAAGAGCCAAGGAUCUUUGCAAUUUAUCAAAAAGUUUUUCGAGAUGAGCGCUCAAAAAUUUUUUUUCUUUUAUCCAGCAAGCUGUCUAGGUUGCCAAUUUUUUUUCGAAUCUAAUUUCGGUAAAAAAAAAGAGCUUUUAUCAAUGUUCAUAGGUUUCCUAAAAGUAAGACAAAACAACUUACCUUAUAGGUCGGUUUCUGAGAAAAUGGUCCUUUUUUUCAGCCCAUUUCUAGUUUUUUUUUCAAAAUUUUAAAGUGAGAAGGUCUAGUUUAUCAGUAAGCCAUUUCCAAAUUUCAGUGAGCCAUUUCCAAUUUCCAGGAAACUCGUUUGAUAAUUCUGACGGCUUCCACCGGGCAACACUACACGGUCGAGUUGUCACCGUACGUCGACUUCAGCCGGAACCUUUCCCUGAACGUCGUCGUGGCCAGUGGUCUGCAUAUCGACGUUGCUCUGAAAUUCGAGAAUGUCCGUUCAGGCGAACUGCGGCUGACCAACCUCUGCAAACGCGCCAUCCCGCCGCCUUUCAGCGAGAGAACCCUCAAAUUGGAUGGCGAAGUCGCUUGUCUUGGAUUUUCCGAAGACUCGAUUGAUGUCGUCACUUCGAAACAGCAACUUGUCUCUUGUUCGUGCUUUUUAGUCUUGAAAGGAUUGACUAUGAUGAUUAUUAGACAAGAAAAACUGUCAAAAGUCGCGAAAAUUGCGUAAAAAUCGAAAGAAAAAUUCAAAAUUUUUUUUCAAAUUUUUCGAUAUCAUUAGAAACUGAAAAAAAUAAAAAUAAUGGAAAGUAUUAAAUUCAAUUAUUUUUCCUCAAUUUUUCAAAAGCAUCGAAAUGAAUAGUAAUAUUCUAGAUUCUCUCACAAUUAAGGACCUUCUACUCUGCUUUUGGCAAUUUUACAAAAUAGGCCGAAAUACUCCUUAAUGCACCAGAAGUAUAUAAUGAAAGUCUCGACCUGCACAAAUUUUUUUUUGUCGAGAAAUAAGGCCUGAAAGCCCAAAUGGCCCAUUUGAACGAAUUUCCACCGUUUUUUUUCCAACUUUGAAAUGUUUUUUUCCCAAAAACUUGGGAGUUCUGAAGGGGAGACUUUCAAAACCUUCACCUCAAGGAGUGUUCUUGCCACUUUUUAGAGAAAUCUUAACCACUAAGUAAACUGACAUUCCUUGUUGUUUUUCGUUUUGCAAAAUCAUUUUUCAGAUGUUGGAAACAAUGAAAAGGACAUUCCGAGCUUUGAAGAGAAGAUCCGGAUACAGCUUCCCGGAAAUCAGGCAGAUAUAAUUUGUGGUGUCGUUCAAUUAAAAGGCGUUUUCUACAUCUGGUGUCAUAGACAAGGCAUCGACCGAAUCUUGUCAUUCGAUCCAAAUACUGAGAAAUUCAAGUACGUUUUAAAAAUGAGUAGUUUCGAAUAUGUGUUCUGGUGGCUAGUUUUUCUCGCAAUAUAUCUAUUUCAAGACUGAAAAGCUUCGAAUAACCCUUUUUUUCAUUUUUGCAAACUUUGAAGCGUCACAACUCGAAAAGAAAAUCUAUUUUUUAUGUUAUGGUGUUAAGAACCUCCGAAAAAAAUAUUCCCUGUUAAAUUAUAAUUAUUUCGGUUCAGGAUGUACGAAGACGUCGAUAAGAAUGAAAUCGGCUGGAUCGGAGUGAAUCCAUCGACAGAUUCUGUGGAGUUUGCCACAAGGAAUGGAAAGAUUUUCGAGCUGGACGAAGAUUUCAACCCGAAAUCCGUGGCGUCGAUCGGGUCUUUCUCCUCGAUUUCCAUCGAUUAUCUGGAGGUUCCUAGUUUUCGUAAUCCAUUCUUCAUAGUUUCAAAUGACUGGAUAUCCCACUUUUCCGCGGGUAAUUGUUUAUUUUCCUUUCUUGGAAUCACAUAUAUUAAAUUCAAAUCUCUGUUUCCUCAAACCAAGCUCACCAAUAUUCAAACUCGGGGAAAAAAGAAAAGCUCCUCGAAAGCUUUUUUCAAAGAUCUUCUAAAGGUCCCCAAAAAACUUUUAUGUUUCCCUUUUGAACUUUCACACAUCCAAUAAGAAAAAUAUGCUGAAUACAUAUUAAAAAGAUCCUCUUUGAAACUUUUUUGAAACUUUUAUUCAGUCUUCAGAGAAGGUUUCUCUGCUGAAUCAUGGAAUCAUUGAAGAGCUGUUUGUCGGUUCGCGAAACUGUUGUUGAUCAAGCGUAGACGGCGCGUAGAGCCUCUCGUCUCUCUUUUGAUAGUAGUAGACGACUUUCGAGCGCUCCGGCGAUCACUGCUUCUCCAUGUAGGAACAGUACGGCGCCCAGCUUGUCCAGGGCUGUCGGGCGUCGGAUUAUAUCUCAGGCGAGAGCGGAAAUGAAGAGCGACCACUCGGAAGGUAGAAAUGAGAUAAAAAAGGUGCUCUAAGGCUUUUUCCCCCCUUCUUACACUUCUUACGUGUUAGGAGCCUUAAGCGGAACCUUUUCAGCUUUUUCUGAGAAUCCUCAAUAUCACUUUUCCGUUUUACCUAUGCAUAUGGUCAAACAUGGAAAAACUUUCAUCAAUUUUUUUUGAAAUUGUGAUUUUAAAGGUGAUACCGAGAAACCAUUAUUGAUUUUCCAUUUCCAGAAAAGACGGGUCACUCUCGCUGACAAUUGUCUCCUAGUCGAUGAGCACAAUCUGGAGCGCAACGUCACGUCGGCAAUCGUUCGCAAUUCUGAAGUCCUCUACACCGACAUGAAGAAUAAGCUCCGUUUCCUGGGCUUCGAAAACACUAACUUCAAAGGAGAUCAUGGUGAGUAUCGAGGUUCGGAAAUUGAAGUUUCGAAACGAAACUCCGCGGAUUCCCAGCGUGGGAUCAGCCUGUUGGCAAAUGCCCAAUACAGUUCGAAUAGAAGUGCGAAUGGGCGGAGCCAACAAAAAAAGCAUUAGGAAUCUGUUUAGUUUCGACUCUUGCUUUGAAAGAGAGGAACUAUUUUUUUCACUAGUGUCAAAUAAGCUCCGAACGCAGCAUCAGUGAUUUUUUCUCAAAAUGUGAUCGACAGAGUCGCGAGAGCUGGAGAUGGGCAGCGAGCUGGUCGCGUGCUCGCCGGACAUGACCAACGUCGUCGUCCAGACCCCACGAGGAAACAUCGAAACGAUCCAUCCGCGCAGGUUUCAAACGCUUUUGAAGGGACAUGGGCAGUCAAAAUAUCAGGACAUCAGCAAUAUAAUACAGAUUAAUUGGCCUAUUCCGAAUAUAAACUUGAAAUUCGACAAAACUUCAUUUUUUGAGACAACUACUCUCUAAGUUUUAGGCCAACCGGCCAGAUUUUUUAAACUCCGAAAACUUUUUCAAUGCAAUGUUCAGAGUGAUUCCGCAGAGUUCAAAAUAGUUUUCAGUGGGUAAAAAAGAUGACUUUUUUGGAGAGUCAGAGAUAUUUUUGAACUCAUCGAAAAUUACUAUGAACAUGGCAAUCCUUGGCUCGGUGUACGGGUUUGACUUCGAAAAAAUAUUAGGGUAAUAAUGAGAAAUUAGAAAAUGAAAACUACGUGGAAAAAAAAACCAUGUUUAGCAAAAAUUGAACCUUGACCUACUCUCUUCACGCUAUUUUAUGGAAAACUAAGCAGUUUUGUGAAGUUUCAAGUAAGUAUCCGGAUGGACAUAAAGCUACUAAUAGAUUUCAAACCCUCAAAAGAAAUUUGCAUUGGACGUAGGCCUUCAAUGAACCUUCUUUCAUUGGAAUAAAUCACAGAUUCGUCCUGGAAGUUGUUCGGAAAAUGCUCGACGCCCGAGAAUAUCGCCCCGCUUUAAUUCUCAUGAAAAAACAUCGCGUUCCUCUGUCUUUCGCCAUGGAACAUUGUCCCCAUGUAAAUCGAGUCUUCUCAAAUUUAAAUAACUUUUCUGACCACAGAAACUGGUUGAGGACGUCCCUUUGAUUGUCAGGGAGGUCGAAGAUCCGCAGGUCCUCGAGCAGCUUAUAAUUAGCUGCACCGAGGAAGGAAAUCCCAAGGAGAAGAUCGAAUAUGUGAGGAAUUAGCUGGUUCAUGAAAGUUCAAAUCAGAAAUUUCAGCCUCCAGGAAAUAUUUCCAGCUUACUAGAUAGAUAAAUUGGAAUCCAUUUUAAAACUUUCUGAAAAUUUGAGGUUUUUCAAAGAGGAGAUUCAAUAUAAAAAGCUAGUCCAUGAAAUUUCAUAGUUAGAAUCGAAUUUUAUUAGGAUUCUUUUUCUAAUAAUUUUUUUUCAAUUUUUUUUUCCGAUUUCAGAGCAACAGGCUGUGCGCGGCGUUUGUAAAGGAAAUCCAAGAGAUUGAGACGGAAAAACGCCUGAAAUUGUUCUCCGUUUUUGGCGGCCGCAUUUUUUUGAGGUCUUCUGCGCCGGACAUCGGUCAAGCUCUCUUGCAGAUCAAGUCUCAACGAGAUUCCUUAGGUUUUUUUCAAUUCUUAAGACAGAGAAAAUAUUUGACCUAUAGAAGUUUAACCAGUUUUAAAGGAUAUUUGUUCGUUUGAAUUCGCAGAGGAAUAUUCAGAUUUUUCGAGAAGCCGAAUUUGUGUUUAGGUUAUUUAAUAGUUCUUUCCCUUCACGGGUCUUUAAAAGACUCCAAAUUUAAAACGAAAAUCGAUUUUUUGGUCUCGAGGCCUUCAUUUUUGUUUCUAGUUUAGGUCUGGUUUCAAUUUCCUGAGUUUUUUUUUCCAGAUUUUCUUAUCGAAACGUUUGCAGGAAACGAGAAAGACCGCGACUUCUUCACCCGUUCUUCUCUACAUCAUCUGACUUUCUUCGUUCCCGCCAAAAGUCUUUUCAAUUCCGCCCUUGCCACCUACGAUCUUCAUCUUGCUCAACAAGUGAAAUGAAUGGAAAUCGGGAAAAAAGAAGGUUUUUCUAGGUCGCCGAAGCCUCCAAUCAAGAUCCCAAGGAGUUUUUGCCGCUUCUCAACGAGCUCAACAAGGUUGUUUUUCGAGUCGAUUGAAUCUUUUUAUGAAAGGUUUUUUCCUAAAAUAAUUAAAAAUUCAACCGGCGAACUCCGAAAAAUUAGUCAAUAAUGACGUCAGUCCGUGGAACUUAUGCGUGAAAAUCUUUUCUGGGGGGUUUUUUUUAAAGGCGGGUGUUGUUAAAAUUGCAUAGAAAACGUUUUUUGUUUCGAGACCUUUACAACCUUCACACAUACAUCUUGAAGCAUCUUGUUAAAAUAUUAUCAAUCAACUAUACUCACUAGGGAACUACUCGGACUCGGGUACCCAUUUCGAGUUGAAACUUUAGUGGCUUAUAGACCCGGGUAAGAGUACUUGAAAACAAGAGAGAAUAUCUGCUAAACACCUUAGAGAACUGAGAAAAAAUUAGUAGAAAAUGUGCAGAUUAGGCCUGAAAAUUAUCAAAUAUUUGCUUUCCUCCUUCUUUUGACUGAAAAAAAGUUUUUUAGAGUGUAUCAUAGUCGGAUCAUUCAAGGCGAUUGUAUUAAAAUAUGAAAUAAGGUAAGAAGCAGUAUUCUGAAAAUUUUCAAGCCUAAUUUUCACAUUUUCUACUAAUUUUUUCUCGGUUCUCUAUUAGGUUUAGCAGAUAUUCUCUCUUGUUUUCAAGUAUUCUGGCUUGGGUCUAUAAACCACUAAAGUUUGAACUCGAUUCGCGUACCCGAGUCCGAGUAGUUCCCUAGUUAGGACAGGUGAAUUUGAAGUCAGAAGAACACUUUUUUAGGUGUAAAAAUGGUGAAGUUUUUCAAAUCGAUAAAAAAGAGCUGGAGUCUUGAGCUCAUUUAAUUCAGAAAAAUGUCAAUUUGAAAGAUUUUCCCCCUUAUUUUCUUUUUUUUUUUGCAAUCAUUCCAUCAAUGCUUCGAUAUUUCGUCGAGUUUAACCUCUCCAGGCUGAGGUUAUAUCAGGGAUUCUAGUGAAAAUAGUCUUUUGGAAAAUAACGAAACUGAAUAUCUAGAUCAGCGACCAACUGGAAAAGCGAUAUCGCAUCGAUUGUGUGCGAGAAGACUGGAAAUGUGCCGUCCGAGAUCUUCUGGAGCUCGACGCCAAGUCCGACGACGACGUCUGGUGGCAGAAGGCGCAGGCCUUGGUCGAAGAGCACUCGCUGCACGUCUUCGCCAUCAGCUCCUCUGAAAGAACCUCUCCAAGAUACUCGGUUCGACGCUUUUUGAUAUUCAUGGCGAGAAACAACCAUCACUCGAAUCUCUGUAAUGCAAAUCAGACGCUCCUCGGACAUUUCUGAGCAUUUCUAGGGAUCACUUCAGCGGCGUCAUCGCUCUUGUAGCCAAUAAAGGGGGAGGGAUUAAAAAAAUUAGACAAUGAAGCAUGUUUAAAAUUUUGAGUCUGUAUUUCUUUGACUCGAGAAAUAGUCCAGGCACGAUAAAAGAAGAGAUAGUUCCUGGUUAGUGGAGAGCUUAAGCAGGCCACGCCCCUUAGCGUCCCAAACUAACCGGGAAUCGACUAUAAGUGAUUAGGACAUUGGUAACACAAAGCAGACGAGCCCCAUCUGUUUCUAAGCAUGUCUAAGUGGUCACUUCAGCGACGUUGGUACUUUCAAGUAAUUUCCAUCUCGCAAAUGCAAACCAGACGCUCCAUGGACUUACUGGGUUUUUCUAGUGAUUAAUUAAGAGUUUCUUCAGAAUCUCUGCGAAAUUUACGCGAAUAAAUUGGAGAAGAAAGCGGCGUGGGCUCAGGCGGCGACUUUCUACGAGCUUUCCGGCAAUCAGGAGCAGGUAGAAAAGUUUUCAAUCAUUUUCCUAUUUUUGUAUUGUAACGGAAAGUGUUGGCUAAAAAAUUGUGAGGAUUUUCAUUUGGAGUUUCAGGAAUCAGCUUUUUGAUUUUUCCGGUUAACCAGCUACCACCUUACGUCCAUGAAGAAGUAUAUAUAUUAUUAGUCUUGAUAUAUUUCAGAGCUUACGAUGCCUGACAAUGGACCGGAAUUUCGAAGCCUAUCUCCAAGCCGCCAAACGGUUUGGCGUGGAUCCUGCCGAGAUGAAGCCUCAACUGGAGCGUAUGGCCGAAGCUCUUCGUCUCGCCCACAAACAUCUCGACAGAUCUCUCGCGUUGCGCGAAAUUGUUAGUUUUUCAAAUAUAAAGAAGGGGUAAUUCUCGUGGUAGCGUUCAAGUUGGAGAGAUGCCGGAGAGCUAGAAUGUCUCUUUAUUUCCUAUGUUCUCUCGUCAUCCUUCCAUCCGGCGUUUGGUUGAAAAAGGCCUCUUUUUUGAAAUAAAGUACACAUUGGGUUUUUUCAUCUAAGCCUUUCUCAGAAAAAUCUUCAUUUUUUGUACGUUUGUGCUCUAUGGAGUUUCAUCAAGAACUUUUUUUGAUUAAUAGUUUUAAAAAAAUUUCACUCAAGUGCCCACUCACAGGGCAAACCGUGCGUAGAAGUUGUUGAGGCGUUCUGCGACGGUCAACACUGGCUCAAGGCGCGAAAUUCUAUCGGAGUCCCUCUAGUGAGCACUUCUUCGGCGCCAGGUAGUUUUCAGAGUAAUCUGACGUCAAAAUGAGGUUAAAAACUUAAAAAAACUGAUUUGACAGAUCAAAUCUGAAAAUUUGAUUUUCCUAAUAAUUUUGUUCAACGACGUUCCACUUGACAUGUCGAAAUAAGCGAGAGAACAGCAGCGGCAAGAAGAGACACCAGAAAAGUUGAUGUCUUCUGUGUCUUCGUCGUCUCAUCAUGUCACCCUUACUUUUAUUGCGAAACUCGUUUUUUAUCAAAAAUUCGAGCAAUCUUCUGAAUAGCUCUGUUGAGAAUGGUUUUAUUUAUUUUUCGCUGAUAUUGUGAUGAGGCUGGUCCCUACAGGGGCAAAGGUUCCCUUCUAGAGGCCGCUUUAUCUUCCCUUAUAGGGGCCGCUAAACCUUGAGAAAGUUGCUCCUAUAGGGGAGAUGCCAGUCGAUUAUUGUUAUGAAAUAUGAGAACAAGCUUUUUAAUAAAAUUAUAAUAAACCCAUUUAAGGACCACAUAAGUUUUUGUUUUGCUGAUUCUCCCCGUUACACUUCUAGGGAUCAUUCCGGAGUUCUUAUGUUUGCAUAUGAUUUCCAAUAAUAUAUAUUUUGAUUCUCAGAAAUCGAUAGACUAACAACUCGUGCCAGGGAUAGACGAGAAGCUAUGGAAAAUGAAAUCGAACGAAGAAAAACCGAAUUCGAAAGGUUUCGGCUUUCUUUUUGAUGAUUGUUGAUAGUUUUUCUGGUUUUCAGACAUUUUGAACGGCUCAAUGUUGUUCGGGAGAAUAAAAAGUCGAACAUUGAGCGGAUCGGGGUCGACGAUCCUUUUGAAAUACUCGAUGUGGGUUUUUUGAGGAAAAGCUUGGUUUUGAAAAGGAACUUUGUCUCAAACUGUACUUUGUGGAAGAUUUUUCUUUUUAGGUAAUAUUAAAAAAACAAAAAUUUUUCGUAUUUUUUUCUGGUGUAAAAAUUGACAAACGAAGGGCGAAAUUUGUAUAAUUAACAGAUUUCUGAGCGAGUCUUUAUUCUUCCAAAAUAGCAAAAAAAGCAGUAUUUAGUACCUUUUUUUGUAUCGAAAUCUCUGUUCAAAAAGUUUUGAAGAGGUAAAAAAUGUUCCGUUCAGUUUUCAAAAAAAUCGGUUUCUUCGAAGGAGGAGCUGAUUUGACCAAAAAGUUUUUAAAAAAAGUCAGACUUGUCUUUUUCAGAUGCCUUUUUUUUGUCAAGUUUGUCUUUUGUUCAAUAUCAGCAGAAAAUAUUACUUGUAACUUAACUUAUAUUAGGAAUCUCUGCCUUUCAAAAAAGUUUUUUUUUCUCAUCACUUUUUUCCCUUUUCUUUAGCCUAAGAGUAACUUCCGGAUCAUAUUUUUAUUUCUCAGGACAACGCCUCUCAAGUGACUUCUUCCACCACCAGAUCCACAACUUCAAGCCGACUCAGCGUUGCGUCCACAGUGCGGAGGCAGAAACAGGUACACAAUUCUAUCGAUUUUCAAGCUUCAUCAUUUUUUUCAGAUUGAGAAGAAGAAGAACUCUCUGAAAGAGGGCGGGGAAUACGAAGAUUCCGCCUUGCUUAUCGCGUUGGCCGCCCACUACAAAUGGUACUCUUCCGUCUUAGGUGAGAAGCCUUUUCCAGGUCGAGUUGUAGUUAACUUUUUUUGAAAUGGAAGCGGAUGAAUCUACCUAAAUUCCAAUUUAUAUGUAUUAUUGAAAAAAACUUUCUCCUUCCAACGUUUUUAUUCAUUUAGUCAAAUGUUGCGUUGAAAGUGAUUCCGCCAAAAUCAAAAUAGCCGCAAGACAGUGAAAAAUAUAACUGAAACUUGGAGAGUCAGAGAAAACUUUGAUUUUCGUGUGAAUGAAUUUCGAAAAAAAAAAUUCAACCGAAAAUCGUCGAAGUCGUUGAGAAAGAGCCGACUGACUUGGCUGAAGCAGCGAAAAAUCUCGGAGGUCGAUUCACGAGUCUCUUCAAGAGAAGCCCAGCUCAUCUCGACUAUCCAACAUCCGAAAUCUACGAAGGAUCUCUGCAAGACACCAACCGCGCCAACGAGUUGGAAGGUGAAGCUCUCACCCACCAAGUCCAAGUCUAUCACAGCGGCCGAUCUGACGAAGUACAACCGAAAAUCGUCGAAGCCGUUGAGAAAGAGCCGACUGACUUGGCUGAAGCAGCGAAAAAUCUCGGUGGUCGAUUCACAAGUCUCUUCAAGAGAAGCCCAGCUCAUCUCGAUUAUCCGGUUUCGGAAAUCUACGAAGGACCUCUGCAAGACACCAACCGCGCCAACGAGUUGGAAGGUGAAGCUCUCACCCAGCAAGUCCAAGUCUAUCACAGCGGCCGAUCUGACGAAGUACAACCGAAAAUCGUCGAAGCCGUUGAGAAAGAGCCGACUGACAUGGCUGAAGCAGCGAAAAAUCUCGGAGGUCGAUUCACGAGUCUCUUCAAGAGAAGCCCAGCUCAUCUCGAUUAUCCGGUUUCGGAAAUCUACGAAGGACCUCUGCAAGACACCAACCGCGCCAACGAGUUGGAAGGUGAAGCUCUCACCCAGCAAGUCCAAGUCUAUCACAGCGGCCGAUCUGACGAAGUACAACCGAAAAUCGUCGAAGCCGUUGAGAAAGAGCCGACUGACUUGGCUGAAGCAGCGAAAAAUCUCGGAGGUCGAUUCACGAGUCUCUUCAAGAGAAGCCCAGCUCAUCUCGAUUAUCCGGUUUCGGAAAUCUACGAAGGGCCUCUGCAAGACACCAACCGCGCCAACGAGUUGGAAGGUGAAACUCUCACCCAGCAAGUCCAGGUCUAUCACAGCGGCCGAUCUGACGAAGUACAACCGAAAAUCGUCGAAGUCGUUGAGAAGGAGCCGACUGACUUGGCUGAAGCAGCGAAAAAUCUCGGAGGUCGAUUCACGAGUCUCUUCAAGAGAAGCCCAGCUCAUCUCGACUAUCCAACAUCCGAAUUCUACGAAGGACCUCUGCAAGACACCAACCGCGCCAACGAGCUGGAAGGUGAAGCUCUCACCCACCAAGUCCAGGUCUAUCACAGCGGCCGAUCUGACGAAGUACAACCGAAAAUCGUCGAAGUCGUUGAGAAGGAGCCGACUGACUUGGCUGAAGCAGCGAAAAAUCUCGGAGGUCGAUUCACGAGUCUCUUCAAGAGAAGCCCAGCUCAUCUCGACUAUCCAACAUCCGAAAUCUACGAAGGACCUCUGCAAGACACCAACCGCGCCAACGAGUUGGAAGGUGAAGCUCUCACCCACCAAGUCCAAGUCUAUCACAGCGGCCGAUCUGACGAAGCACAACCGAAAAUCGUCGAAGUCGUUGAGAAAGAGCCGACUGACUUGGCUGAAGCAGCGAAAAAUCUCGGAGGUCGAUUCACGAGUCUCUUCAAGAGAAGCCCAGCUCAUCUCGACUAUCCGGUUUCGGAAAUCUACGAAGGACCUCUGCAAGACACCAACCGCGCCAACGAGUUGGAAGGUGAAGCUCUCACCCACCAAGUCCAAGUCUAUCACAGCGGGGAGUUUCUUCUUCUGUCGAGCAAGAUCGCCUACACGGAUGGGUUCAUUUACCUCGGUACCCAUCUCCACUUCGCUGAUGCCUCAAAAACCGAAAUCCAACGCAGAAUUCGUUCUGCAUGGAGCGUCUUCCACAAGUUCAAAACGCACUUAACACGAAGAAACGUUUCCAAUGUACACAAAGCCAAGAUCUACAACAUGUGUAUUGAACUAGCCUUUCUCUAUGGUUCGGAAACAUGGACUCUAAAGAAGAAAGAGAGGGACCUUCUCGCAACAGCACAGCGGAAAAUGAUGCGAUGGAUGCUCGGAGUAACACUGCUCGACAGAAGAAGAAACUCCUGGCUCUAUGAAAGGUUGAAGCUACGCGAAGUUCGGUCGGAAGCUGUGAAGAGAAAAUGGCUUUUCGCAAAGAAGAUCGCUACGGGAGAAGACACAUGGGCGAAGAAAAUCGUGGAAUGGCGACCAUGGGCGAAAAAUCGCGAAGUUGGACGAUCUAAACCUCGUUGGCAAGAUGACCUACGAGCAGUUCUUGGUGAAAGAUGGGCGACAGUUGCGCGAACCGACAAACAUCUCUUCAAAUAUUCCAUGAUUCAGCAGAUACAUGAUUACUCUGAGGACUGAAUAAAUGUAAAUGUACAAGAUCUGAGUCCUACAUCAAGUUUCGACAAAAGUCCAACCAGGGGUUACAAAUUUCUCUAUUUUAAGGAAAUUUUGAAUUUAGGGGGUCCUGAAGUAUUUCUUUACAAAGUCGCAUUAAAUUCCAGUAAUUUGACCUUUUUCCUUCCCAUAUUAAGUAAUUUCGUUCAGAUGAAGCGACACAACUCGUCCAAGUCCUCGUCGCCUUGACGUUUGUUGAAGAGGCGAGCCGACUGCAGGAACAGUUCGAAUCCUUUGCCAAGCUUCUAAGCCACCACAAGUCGGCGAUCUGGCCGACAACCCUGUCGCCUUGGAUGCUGCCUGGCCCUUUCCACGCUCUCGUGCGUCUUUUCCAAGUGUUCCAAAAAGCUUCCGAGCUACUCCGAUGCUAUUGAGGGUAGAACAACCGUACUAACACGUGGUAUCAGCGGGUGCCCCGUAUUGAGCCCAUAUAAGAACAGCUGGUUUAACUUUAGGCUUUUUCACCCCAGCUGAGACACCCUUUUCAAAUUUUUGAAGUAAAUACAGCUGGGCCUUCUAUUUUUUCUUACACCCGUUUUUUUUCUCGUUUUAGCCCAACUGAGACACAAAAAACACUGGUUCUAAACGGGCCCACCCGUUGAGACACUGGCCUGCAUGAGGGUACAUUUUUUUUGGGGGGGAAACUGAAACUUCUACGAAAUCUCUAGAAGCUAAUGAUUUUUCGAAACUUACCAUAUGUCUGUAAGACAUUCCCGAUCGACCGUAUUUGUCAGUCCCAAGAAAAACCGAAAAAAUUUAGAAGAGUAGUCAUACAAUCCUCGGCCAACCGUUAGGGCCGCGUCGCGGCUUGCGAAGCGGUCAAAAAUUUGCCAUUUUUUGCGUCUUUUUGCCUCAAAAUGUGUCAUGAAAGUUUCCGUAAUUGGAUCGAGUGAUCCAAGAUUGUAUCUCUUUACCGUGGUACUACUGGAGAAUGUGAAGAGCAGCCAAAUGACUUGAAAAAGGCUCAUAAAAUCAAUCGAUUCCCAAAAGAAGACGGCUAUUUCCAGUACACGGCCGAGCAGAUUGUCCAUGGCACGCCUUCUCGAAUGCCGGCUGUUAUAAAACUCGGUAUGUUGAUUCUGAAAUCGGCAAAUUCAUGA